AGUUAUCUUAUUGUUCCAGUAGCCAAAACUUCCAAAGACCAAAAAGUCAAGAAAUUCUCCUGUGAAAUAUGCCAAAAGAAAUUCACAUACAACGGUUUCUUAGAAGUACACAUGAGACAACACACAGGGGAGAAAACAGUGCAAUGUAAACUAUGUGACAGCAAAUACACUAAUAACAAGGAAUUAAAUAGACAUAUAAGCGCAAAACAUUCUGAUGGAGAUAAAUUCCCGUGUACACAAUGUUCUGAGAGUUUUGAUAAAGCGAGGCUCUUGAAAAAGCAUUUAACAACACACUUCGAGGAAAAGUAUUCUUGUAGCUACUGUGAUAAGGAGUUUCAAAGGAAAAAAGGAUUAAAGGAGCAUCUAAAAACUCACACAGGUGAGAAAAAAUACAGUUGCAAUGAAUGUGGUAAAUCUUUUGGUCAUAAUCAGACGUUAAAAUCUCAUAUUUUAACGCACACAGGUGAAAAGCCUUACGUAUGUGACGUAUGCGGACGGAGAUUCCCUCAGAGAACUCAUUUAAAAAGACAUAUAUUUAUUAUACACACUGGAGUAAAGCCUUACGGAUGUAAUAUAUGUAAAAAGCAGUUUUCCAGUAAAAGUUAUUUAUCUAUACAUGAAAGACAGCACACUGGCGAACGACCGUAUAGUUGUGAGGAAUGUAAUAAGACUUUUACAGCUUACACGACUUUAAAAGUCCACAUGCGAGUACACACUGGGGACAAACCUUACUCGUGUAGUUUCUGUAACCGUCAAUUCGCGCAAAUGGCGAGUUUUAAACUCCACGAAAGAACUCAUACUGGGGAGCGACCGUUUGCUUGUAAAAUUUGUAAAAAACCGUUUUCCGAUAACGGUUAUUUAAAGAUACAUAUGAGGGUACACACCGGUGAGAAACCUUACAAUUGCGAAAUAUGCAAGCGCGCUUUCCGAGAAACCGGUCAACUGAAGCGUCAUCUACGAGUCCACAGUGGAAUAAAACCUUAUACCUGCAAAAUAUGUAACAAACAAAUAGGUAACUUAUCUAAGCACAUGCGUAUACAUUCCGACGCUAGAUAUAAUUGUAACGUAUGUCAUAAACAGUUUACUGUAAGUAAUUUGAAGUUACAUAUGAGGAUUCAUAGUGAUAAGCCGUUCGCGUGUGAUUUGUGUAGUACUCAGUUUGCGCAAAGUAGUGGUUUAAAGAGGCAUAGAUGUACACAAGGAGAUAAAGUUGAGUGA